AUGGAAAAGCUGAAUUUUAUUAAAAAUGGAGUGAGUAGAUUGCCUCCCGGUUUUCGUUUCCAACCGACCGAUGAAGAACUUGUUUUUCAGUAUUUGAAAUGUAAAAUCUUCUCAUGCCCCUUGCCAGCUUCCAUCAUUCCUGAGGUCAAUGUUUGCAAGUAUGAUCCUUGGGAUUUGCCAGGAGGUUGUGAUGAACAUGAGAGGCACUUUUUCAGCUCCAAGGAAGCAAAAUAUAGGAAUAGUAAUAGGAUGAGUAGAACAACAAAAUGUGGAUAUUGGAAGGCAACAGGAUCAGACAAAAGAAUUUCAUCUUCAAGUUGUAAUGGCAUUGUUGGGAUAAGAAAAACCCUAGUUUUUUAUCAAGGAAAAUCUCCAAAUGGUUCUAGAACUAAUUGGAUCUUGCAUGAAUAUCGCCUCGUCAAUGUAGAAACUAGUCCUUGCAAUUCAACCCAGAAUUAUGGAAACGAAAUAGGAGAUUGGCUUCUAUGUCGAUUAUCGACAAGGAAAAGAAAUUUGGAAUAUGGAAGCACUAGUACUAAAAAUAAGAACAAUAAUGCUACUCCUAAUUCGAGAUUAAUGUUUGAUUUUAUGAUGGUAAACAACAAGACAUGUUCUUCUACUUCAUCUUCAUGUUCAAGUUCAAGUAACAAUAACAUUGAGGUCUCUUCAAAUCUAAAAGAUCAUGAACAAGAUUAUGCUGAUCAUUUUUAA